CGCUGCCCCAAACGCGGCGGACGGCACGCACGGCUGCCCCAAAGCUCACCAUGUGGCGCCACGCAUGGCUCCUGUGCUUGGUAAGAGCGGACGAGUCCCUGUUCGUGCGGCACCCGACGGUGUACGAUGUGCCACGAAGCUUCGACAUGUGCCUGCAGGAGAUUUACGUAAAGGACGCGCCGCGCACCGUCCGCUUCCGCGCGAACGAGACGGCACUCACGUGUGCAGCGCGGUCCGUGGCCUCGGGCGGCGGCGACGCCGGCAACAACGGCACGAUCCGACACAUCGCGCGCUUCCUCGAGCAUCGGGCGUCGAUGGCGCUCAUGGCGCGGCGCGAGUUUCGGAGGGCCCUCCGCUGGGCGACGCGUAUAGGAGCGCCUGCCUUGUUGGUGUCGUCGCAGGAGUGCCCCGAGGGGCCCGCGGAUACCGACGUCGCGGCCGUCCUGGAUCGGUUCGACCCCUGGCUGGCGCUGGACCUGAACCAUUUCAACGCCUUCGCCGCAAGCGACUGGGAAUUUUACCUCGGGGACCGGCCCCUCGCGGCCUUCGCCAUGGCGUGCCGCUCCACCGCGCCGCUGGACGAUAGGGCGCUCCGGGACACAAUCACAUACGCCUUCGCCGCGCUGCUGCCCGGCGCGGCCGUGGAGCUCGCCGUCCACCAGGAGCGGGCCGCGGGCGUGGACCGGAUUCUGUUAGAAGCGGGGUUCGUCUUCGACCAGCCCGCCGUCGAGAGCGAGCGCGGCCCGCUGCCUUCGAUCUUCGAGCUGCCCUUCGCGCCCGGCGAGCUCCAGCGGGAGAUGGCCUGCCGCGGCGGCGCGGAGUCCGUUUUGGUGCGGGCCUUCAAGCCCGUCGACUUCGCGGCGGACGCGCGGCGGAUCCAACGGAGGCCGCUCCCCUACGUCGACGGCGUCCACGUGCUCAACCUGAAACGACGGGAGGACCGCUGGGACGCCGUGCGGGCGAAGUGCGACCGCGCGGGCUUCGCGGCGGGCGGGCCGCGGCGCGUCGACGCCGUCGACGGGGCGACGCUGGACGUCGCGGCCGAGGACGUCAAGCGCGUCUUCAACCUGACGUCGUGGCGCUACGGCGGCGCGAAAAACUGCCACCAGGACCACGGGUAUAGGAGCCGCGUCAUCGGCUGCGCCCUGUCGCACCUCAAGGCCUGGCGGCUCAUUAGUGAGGACGACGACGCGCACGCGCUGCAUCUCAUCCUGGAGGACGACGUCGAGUUCGCCGGGGACUUCGCGGAGCGGUGGGCGGAUCUGGGACGGCGGCUCAAGGCGGACUACUCCUGGGACCUCGUGCACCUGGGCGUGUUAGAUGACAGGAACCUCUACGACGACUCCCCGGUCGAGGGCGUGCCGGGCGCGCGGCGGUUCUCGGCCGCGCAGCGCAGCUUCGGGGCCGGCGCCUUUGCGUACGUGAUCCGGCCGCGCACGGCGCGGUGGCUCCUGGCCAAAGCCUACGACAUCGGCAUCCAGCAGGCCGUCGACUGGUGGCUCGUCGAGCGCUUCGGCGAAUUGGUCGCCUACAAGGCGGCGCCCAAGCUCGCGGCGUCGCCCCAGGGCGAGGGCCGCGACUCGGACAACGACGAGGACUACGACCAGGACCGCCUCGUGCUGGACACGUACCUCGACGACGACAAGAACGCGUCGCUCGACUCGCUCCGGAUCAUCCAACCGGACCCCGGCGCGCGCGUGGCGGCCAACGCGAGCCUGGAGGUGCGGACGGAGAUGCUCGUCCACGGCGACCCGCGCGCCUUCUUCCUCGCGAGGCAGCUCAUGCGCCUGUGCUACGAAGUGCACCGGCUCGCGCACUACGACGCGCCGACGAACGUCUUCGGGCCCCUCUGCCUCGGCCUCGCCAAAGCAAAGAACUACCAGCUGCCCGCGCCUACGUUCUCCGUCCCGGCCUGGUACGCCCUCAACGCGACGCUCGUCGACGAGUUCGGGGCCGAGCUCGCGGCGGCAACCGUCGUCUUCGAGGCGCGCGAGCCGGACGUGCCCGAGACCUACGAGCUGCCGCCCGCGCUGACGCCCGACGCGGCCGCGCGGCUCGUGCCCAUCGAGGUCUCGCUCAACGGCGCCUUCACGUCGCUCGACUGCGCGCGGCAGCCCGACCUGUUCGACUGCGUCCGCGACUUCUGCGUGGGCAACGAGAUCGAACCGGCGGUCCAGUGCAUGGCGUCGCUGAUCUCGUCAUUCCAGGCGCAGGUUUUGUAACUAACAGUUUUGUAU